GAACCCGGUCCUUUCUUUGGCUUUAGCACAGGCAUAAACAUAGCUCGUCCUUGCUCCCAAGCAAUGUAUCCCACCACCCCCUCCGACGCGUACGACAGGUUCAGCAACGGACCUCCGCCCACGGCGCCGCCGCCGCAGCAGCAGCCCACGUACAACCACGCCAUGAACCAGAGCCACCACGCCCGCCCCGCCGCCGGGCUGGCGCGCUGGUCCACCGGCCUCUUCCACUGCAUGGACGACCCCGGAAACUGUCUCAUCACCUGCCUGUGCCCCUGCAUCACGUUCGGGCAGAUCGCUGACAUCGUGGACAGAGGAACCUGCUCGUGCGCCGGGAGCGGGGCGGCCUACGCGGCCAUCUGCGCGACGACGGGGAUGGGGUGCCUCUACUCGUGCGUCUACCGCACCAAGAUGCGGGCGCACUACGACCUGGACGAGGGGGAGUGCCCGGACUUCCUCGUGCAUUGGUGCUGCGAGCUCUGCGCGCUCUGCCAGGAGUACCGGGAGCUCAAGAACCGCGGCUUCGACAUGGGGAUCGGCUGGGACGCCAACAUGGAGCGCCGGAACCGGGGCGUCACCGGCGGGCAGGUCAUGGGGGCGCCGGCCACGCCCGUCGGCAUGAUGAGGUAAAUAGGUGACGCCCGCGAAAUCUCCGGUGAUUUUCACGCGUCAUGCUCCCCUCCCAUCCCCUGUGCCAUUUCUCCUUGUGUUGUUCUGGCUUGGAGAUCGUUCGAUACUUCGAUUGACUGUUUUUCUAGCGGCGUGUGUAUUGUCUACUAGUUUGCUUGAUGUACCGAAUUCUGUUGAUUCUAUGUAAAAAUUUGUGGCGUGUUCACGACUUAUGCAAGCGGUGAUGUAUUUGA